AUGAUUUCAGUACAAAAGGCAGUACAGUGUGGCACCGUUCACAAUAUAACAUUGCUAUCAGCUGUGUCCUGCUCCGUUUCAAUUAUUCUGUGUUUAACUACCACACCUUGCAACAUUGUACUAAUUAUAGCAAUAUUAGAAGAUAAAAGAAAAGUAUUAAAAAAGUCUAUUUUUUACAAAUUAAUACUAAACAGUGCAAUCGCAGACCUACUGAUUGGAAGUUUAGGUGACAUUAGUUCAAUUGCAUUUCAUAUAAAAGAAGCCAUGAGAAUAAAAAUUUACAAUCAAGACAUUUUUCUAGUUCAUUUAGAACUUUUUGUGUUAAGCAACGCUUCCAUUUUAUCCAUGGCAUUAUUAUGUAUUGAUCGCAUUAUCGCACUAAUUAAGCCAAUAGCUUAUUACAGAAAUUCUUUGUCCAACCUGAUGUGUUUAAUGGUUCUUGUUGCUACUUGGACAGUUUCAGGGUUACUAGUUAUACCUUAUUUUUCAGUAGGAUAUAUUUAUUACCUUGGUAUUUUUGCAUUUACAACAUUAACCAUAACAUGUAUAUCUCUGUUAGCAGUUGUCUAUCUUUAUAAAACGAGGUUUCCAGCUUAUUGCAAUUUUAAUCAAAGACACAGUGUUACUUAUAAAACUAAUGAAGAUAAUCUAUCAAACAUUAAUUCAAGUCAAAAUUCUACUUUUAUACUACCAAUGUCAAAAAAAAACCAUGUAAAAAAUAAAGCCGUUAACAUCAACACUACUAAAAACAUUGAGUUGAAAAAAAAAACUGCGGAGCAAAAAGUUAAUCAAUCAUUUAUUAUAAUGUUGCUUGUGUUUUUACUUACUUACAUGCCAGCUUGCUGCUUGACAGUAUAUAUGAAUGUAUGCACUGAAUGCACUUGUACAGAAGUUCAAAUUUUUAGAGAUUUUACGUAUUUGUCUUUACUUUCUGGUUCGUUAUGGAGAUCUUUAAAUUUUGGAUUUAAAAUUACAACAUUAAAUAAAAAGAUAAGAAAAAUGCUUACUUUUGGACACUUUAUUGCUUCAAAAAAAAAUUUUAUAAAGGCUAGCUGA